AUGAUGCUGUCCAGAGCUGUGAGACCAGCCCUCAGCGCCGGCAAUGCCGCCUUCGCCAGAGCGGCUGUGCCCCAGGUUGCUGGCUAUGCCACCCUGCGAGAAAUCGAGAGCCGUUUGAAGUCGAUUCGCAACAUUGAGAAAAUCACCAAGACCAUGAAAAUCGUCGCCUCCACAAAGCUUACUCGUGCUCAAAAAGCCAUGACCGAUUCGCGAACCUACGGUCAGACAUCCAACCAAGUUUUCGAAGAGGCCGAGACCAAGCCGUUGGAGGAGAAGAAGACACUGUUGGUUGUGGCCAGCUCCGACAAGGGUCUUUGCGGUGGUAUUCACUCCGGAUUGUCGCGUGCUACUCGCCGAAUGCUCGAGACGGAUCCUGGCUUGGACAUUGCGGUUAUCGGUGAAAAGUGCAAGGCCCAGAUCGGUCGUUCCAACUCCAAGAACAUGGUUCUGUCCUUCGCUGGUAUCGGACGAGACGUUCCCACAUUCGCCGAUGCUCAGGCCAUUGCCGACCAGCUGGUGAUGCUUCCCGAGGACUACGCGAGCAUCAAGAUUCUGUACAACAAGUUUGUCAACGCUCAGAGUUACGAGCCGGUCACCGUGGAGGCAUACUCGGAGGAGGCCAUCACCCAAUCCCCCAACUUCGCUGCCUUCGAGAUUGAUGAUGAGGUUCUUGCCAACCUUCGCGAGUUCACUUUGGCCAACGCCCUGUACUGGGCUCUGGCCGAAGGACACGCCUGCGAGCAGUCCGCCCGGAGAAACGCUAUGGAUAACGCCUCCAAGAACGCUGGCGACAUGAUCGGUAAAUUUACCAUUCUGUACAACAGAACCCGACAGGCCGUCAUUACGGGAGAACUGGUGGAAAUUAUUACCGGUGCCACUGCUUCGGAAGACAUGUAG